UCCGGCAGGUGCUGGCUGGUAGCGUGCCCGCACGCUCCCCGCAACGGGGUCUCCUGGUCGCGAGGGUCUUCCAGGCGCUCACCGCCGGGACGGGGUCUUCCCCGGAGGAGCGUCGCCUGGCGCACACCCUGGGCUGGUGCGUGGACGUGUGGGCCGGGGGACUGGCCUUGUUCCACGACGUCAUGGCCCAGCGCGUCGCCCGGGACUGGCGCGUGCACGGCAGCCGUGCCGGCACCGUCGCGCUCAACGACGCCAUCCUGCUGAAGUCUGCAGCGCACUGCCUGCUGGCGGAGUUCUUCCGGGGAAGGCGGUGCUACGAGGCCGUCACACACCUGCUCGUGGACGCGGCUGAGAACAUCAACAUCGGGAAGCAACUGGAGCUGAGUACCGCCGGCCGCGGUGGGCAGGUGGUCUCCCGCCUGUUCACGCGGCAGCACUACGACAUGUAUUCUUUGGGCAAGGCGGGCUACGGGUACUUCUACGUGCCGUUCAUGGCUGCCCUGCACAUGGCUGGCAUUACUGACCCGGUGGUGCUGGAGGCAGUCAAAGUGAUUCUCAUAAAACUGGGCAUGCUCCAACAGUUACAGAACGACUUCCAGGACUGCUUCCGAGAGCCGGCACAAUCUGACGGAGACGACCGCUGUGACAUAGCGGAAGGGAAGUGCACUUGGCUCGCCGUGUCCGCUCUGGAGCGCGCGGACGACAACCAGAGAUCCUUGUUUGAGAGCUGCUAUGGCCACAAAGACACAGACAAAGUCUUGGAGGUGAAGAAGAUUUACGAAGACCUGGAGCUCCCGUCUCUGUUCCGAAAAGUCAACGCUGCAAUGGAAGACUCGAUACAUGGACACGUAUGGAGUGUGUCUCACGCGGUGCCGGCGCACGCCUUCCGUCUUGUUUGGAGCUCGCCCAUCGCAGACGGCAGUAAUGGAACCACACGGCAAGAUGGUCACAGAGAAUGUGUGCAGAAUUCGUAAGUUUGAGUGCAAAUACAGUCUUCUGGUGCCACAGAAGCAUUCAGAUUUAACAUUUUCAUAGAUUCGAGGUUGAAAAAAAUAGGUAGGCCUCUGCAAAUAUCACUUUUUUUUAGUUUGAAUCAAAUGCAUAGGGAAAGAAAAAGUAAAUGUGCAGUGUAGUGGCUGCUGGGAAAUUAGACAAAUAAUAUUAAAUUGAAACAUUGGUUAAGUUAAAGCAAUUGGUGCAUGGAAAAUAUUAAAAUGAAA